UUCAUAAGCAGGCUGCCUGUCAGUGGCACCUCCACUGAUCCUCCUGCUGCAGCGCACAGCGGCGCACAGAACAUGGCACUGGCCGAUACGGAGCGCGCAGCGUCCGGCUGCGGGGAGUCUGGCUCCCCGUUCUCAGAGAUCAUCGAGCUCAACGUCGGCGGACAGGUUUAUGUGACCAGACACAAAACUCUGAUCGCCGUACCGGACUCUCUCCUGUGGAACAUGUUCAGUAAGAAGUCCCCUAAGGAGCUGGCGAGAGACAGCAAAGGACGCUUCUUCUUAGACAGGGACGGCUUCUUGUUCCGAUACAUCCUAGAUUACCUGAGAGACCUGAACCUGGUUCUGCCGGACUAUUUCCCGGAGAAAAGCCGCCUGCAGAGGGAGGCGGACUUUUUCCUGCUGCGGGACCUGGCGAAGCGCCUCAGCCCGCGGAUGAGUAAAGACAACUCGAUCAGCGAGGAUGUGAGCCAGAGCGACACGGAGGACGCAGCGCAGUGCUGCUCCUCCGGGGAGACAUUACGCGCCCUGUCCACCAGCGGGGCCAUGCGCUCCCCGUCUCUGGACUCCAGAAAAUCCGGCUACAUCACCAUAGGGUACCGCGGCUCCUACACGAUCGGCAGAGACAUCCAGACCGAUGCCAAGUUCAGGAGGGUGGCGCGCAUCACCGUGUGCGGUAAAACCUCUCUGGCCAAGGAGGUGUUCGGGGACACGCUGAACGAGAGCAGGGACCCGGACAGGCCCCCGGAAAGAUACACCUCCCGCUAUUACCUCAAGUAUAAUUUUCUGGAGCAGGCGUUUGACAAGCUGACAGAGGCGGGUUUUCAUAUGGUGGCCUGCAGCUCCACGGGCACCUGCGCAUACACCAGCAAUGAUCCAAACGAGGACAAGAUCUGGACAAGCUACACUGAAUAUGUCUUCUGUCGGGAAUAAACUCAUUCGUGCCAUUUUAAUAUAAAAAGUAUAGUAAAAUAUAGAGAGGACUGUAUUUACAGACAGGUAUUGUCCUGGAUAGGGGAGAGAAUAACUAGAUAAAAUGAGGCAGCAGAAAAAAAUAAUACACACAGUUCUGACUCCAAUUAACCUGAGAAAAUAAUUUUCAGGGUCUAAGCACCACAAAGGGUGUUGUUUUGUCUAACUUACAUAACUCUCCGUUGUGUUUUCUCAUUGCAAAGCCCUACCUUUUUUAAAUAAUAAUAAUAAAAAACACUUUUUACUUACUUUAUUUAGAAAUAUAAAUCUGAUAUAAAUUGGAUCAAAUGGUUUUUACCCAACAACAAAGAUUUUUAAUUACACCCAGAUGCAUUACAUGGUUUAUUAUUUAUAUUUUUCUUUUUUUUUAAUUCUUCUGCCUCAAAAUAAGAACAAUACCCUCUUAACCCAAAAUGAAAGUAUUUUCAGCAAAGGGAUCAACAGGUGUUAAAUUACCCAUUAAGUAUUCAGCACUAAUUGAUAGGAACCUUUCUCUGCCACCUUUUUUGUAACGUAAAUGUAUAUUUGUAUUACUAAUAGAUUAAUAUGAUACAUUUUUAAUUUGUUUUAUAAAUAAUGCACAGUGGUAAUUAACAUUUUUUUCUCCAAAAUUAUUAUUAGCUAUUAUUUAGUCCAUAAACGAAGGAUCAAACAUGUUUAAUGAGUCAUAAGAGAAUUUAGAUUUGGACUUUUGACUAGAACGUAUCCCUCAUCAACUUGCCAGGGUCUCACUAAUCAUUGAUUUGGCAUUAGAUCUUUGUUGAAUAUUUCAGACUUUUCUAAAGGUUUUGCACUAAUAGAAUAGAAUAGAAAUAUGUUUAUUUCCCCUAUUGCCAUUAGUGGCCUUUAUUUGACAAUUGAAUUGACCUGGAUGGGGUCAAACUUGAUUCGGACCUUAUACAUCUUGCUCCAGAAAAGCAAAGAACACUUGAUUCGGACUUACUUCUCAAGGAUUUGUUAAUUCAAACUUGCUGUUUUGAAACGUGAAAUUGCUGAUUUAAAGCAAGAAGCGUGACUCAGACGUAUUUGUCAGUGACCUAACCUGAAGAACUCUUAGACCUGAUUUGAGUUUGCAAACCACUAACCUAAAACUGUUUUCCAAACAUUUGAUGCUUGAUUGGAUGUUGAAAAAAAAAUACAUAUAAACACCUCACCAUCUGCCCCUCCCCCUGCAUGGUAAACACCAGCGAACACCGCCAUCUUCAUUGCCUUUGCUAUAGUCAUAUCUGACUCAGUGCUAAACUGUGUAACGUCCAGGAGCUGACGUGAACUGUUUAAUAUUCAUUGUCAAUGUACAUUCAGGGCUUACUUGUUUGCCCACGUUUUGUAGUUUCUUCUAGUAGUUUUUACUACUGCAAUGAUCAUUAAUGUAUAUGUGGAGUGUUGGCUAUAUUUGUUAAAGUGUUCAGCCUAA